GUUUUGUUUUGAUUCCUUCUUACCGACGCAAAUCAUCGCGUGCUCGCGUAUUUACGUCUACGUUCUGCGGGAAAGUUCGGGUUUUCGGUACCGGUGGAGAGCUGUUUGGGCCGUGUUGUUUCCCUAAAUUGAGUGAUUUGGUGCGGAUUGCUCGCUUUUAUCAGUAGGAAUAAAGUGCGGUGAUCAGUUUUGUGCUUGGAGAAAGAGCCUAGUCGAGGAAGAUUCUGUCGUGUUUUGGACGUUUUGUUUGUUCAAUUCGCGGUUUCAGUCAAAAGUGAGAAAAGUGAGUUUUGCUGUUCUACACGAGCGCUCUAAAGUUUCAACUGCAUUUGAAACGGAAAUAAAUAGUACAUCGUAAGAUCACACUCUGGUAUUGAAUCGCCCAAAUAGCAGUUGACGACUUCCACCUGGAUUGAAUCUUACCCGGAUCAUUCUCAUUAGAUACACAGAUAGACACAACCAAUUUCACGUGCUCAUCGGCAAUUCCCACCGAACACCCCCGCCUCAAUUGAAUCCACUACGACAUAAUUUCCGUCACUCGCUCUGGAAAAGAUUCCACAGUUAGUUAGCACCAGGUAAUCGACGACAUCAAAGAAUCAGCACACGUCACAAACGACACGCCCCACCGGAGCAAUAGAUUAUUAUGGUUACCAUCAGCCACGACGUCGUCGACGAGAGCAACCUUUCUCCACCUGUUCGAUCAACUUUGUCGUCAACACCUGAUGCCGCUGCUGCAGCAGCAGAACCAGCGCCAUCGGUGGCAAUGGAGACGGACAGCAGCGAUAUCUGCAGCACCAGCAGCAGCACUGGUGGCACAUCCGUAGCACAAGUCCCCGAGGCGACAUCCUGUUCGGCACCUUCCGCCUCAGCACGUUCCGGCGCUUCUCGAGGCGGUGGCGAGGUGAAGAGCGUGGGUAGCAGCAAAAGGCCAAAGCUGACGGGAUUUGAGUUUUACGAGAAAACUCUGGGCUCGCCGAAGUAUGUGGUGGCCCCCAUGGUGGAUGCCAGCGAGCUGGCGUGGCGUUUGCUGAGUCGCCGCCACGGUGCCCAGCUGUGCUACUCGCCCAUGUUUCACAGCAGCUGCUUCAGCAAGGACCCGAAGUAUCGCAAGGACUCGCUGCAAACGUGCCCCGAGGAUCGACCGCUCAUCAUACAGUUCUGCGGAAACGAUCCGAAGGUACUGCUGGAAGCUGCCCUGCUCGCUCAGGACCACUGCGACGCAAUCGAUAUCAAUCUCGGCUGUCCGCAGGCGAUUGCCAAGCGGGGCCAUUAUGGAGCCUUCCUGCAGGACGAAUGGGACCUACUUAAGGAAAUCGUGUCAACCCUGCACAGCCAGUUGAGCGUACCGGUGACCUGUAAGAUUCGCAUCUUCGAGGACAUGAACAAAACCAUCCGGUACGCCAAGAUGCUGGAGGCGGCCGGAUGCCAAAUGCUGACGGUCCAUGGGAGAACACGCGAGAUGAAGGGACCACUGACCGGAAUCGCCGAUUGGAAAUAUGUUAAAAAGCUGAAAGAGAUCCUCACGAUUCCGGUGCUGUCCAACGGGAACAUCAUGGGCGUCGAAGACGUCCACCGAUGCAUGGAGGAAACCGGAGUGAAUGGCAUCAUGACCGCGGAAGGAAAUUUGUUCAACCCGUUCCUAUUUGAGGGCGUUAGUCCAACGUCGUGGAGUGUUGCCCUCGAAUAUUUGGACAUUGUGGAGCAAUAUCCGGCUCCCAUCUCGUACAUUCGGGGACACUUGUUCAAGGUGUUUCAUCAUUUGAUGAAUUUGAGACCCAACGCAUCCCUCCGGGAGCGAAUGGCCAUCUGUCAUAGUGUAUCGGAAUUCCGAGCGAUCGUUAAGGAACUGGAAGCGAAAUACGCUCCAAUUCACGAAGGUCGUCAACGAUGGAUCGAGGAAGAAUCCAACCUUCCGGUGGCGGUGGAUUCCGUACCGGAAGCAACCUACAACCUUUCGCUACCGCCAUGGCUCUGUCAGCCGUACAUUCGGGCGCCACCGGAAGUGCACCGCCAGAAACUCCAGGAGGCCACCCGACAGGCUUCGGAUCCGAAUCGCGAGAAGCGCAGAUUCUACGACCCGGAAGGCAACGAAGUCUCCCACAAGAAGAUGAAGAAAAUUCGGCGCGUUCAGCGGAGACCCAAUCGUGCUGGGCUGCUCCCGGGAGAUCCGAAUAGGGAGCCGGGCCGACGGUUCGAUGAACUUUGCAAAAACGAGAAAAUUAAGUGUAUCAACCCGAUGGGAAUGAAAUGCCAGCACAAGCUGUGCCGUGUCUGCUGCAAGAACCAUUGCUUCCACGCCGACCUGGACUGCGUGGGGCAUAAAAUUUUCAUCAAAUCACGUCGCCAUAAAGCGAAAACACUUACCGCGCUGGAACGCCAACAACAGGCGACCGAAAACGGUAAUGAAGAUGGACAACAACAGGAGCAGCAGCAACAGCACAAUGGUGGUCACCCGGAGGAAAUGGAUGUUGAAAGCUGAUAUCAGAAGGUAGAAAUGUUUGAAUUUUCUAUUAACGGUGGAUAGGUUGAUUUUAUCAUCCGGAUAAGUUGUAUCUGAUGAUUUUAAAUGAAAUGUUGCAACUCAA